CCACGCAUCGGUUCAUUGGACAAUGUCACACAUACACCAAAAUCAGGAGACGUAAAAAUUUUCGACGAGAAAGUCGACUUUACAAAUGUCAAGCCACGUAUCGGUUCAUUGGACAAUAUCAACCAUGUACCUAAAGGCGGCGAUAAACAAAUCUUCACCUCUGUUCCUAAACACGACCACAUUAAAUCUCGCAUCGGAUCUUUUGACAAAUUUCAUCAUGUACCACAAGGUGGAGACUUUAAAAUCUUUAAUCAGAAACUGAACUUCCGUGAAACCGCCGCCCCAAAAAUAAUAACUCGUUCCAACUCAAGUGCCUAUGAAUCUUCUUUAAGUGGUGAUGAUAGGUCCCUUGUCCAUAGUCCAAUACCACGAGAACAAGACGAAGAUGUUGAGGAACAAGAAAAGUAUAGAAACGUUGACGAAAAUAGUAAUGAUAAUGAUUUUAAAAAAGUUAUUAAUUCACAAAAAAUAUCAUCAAAUGUGACAGAAAGAGUCAAAUCAAUCUUUAACAAAAAUAAGAUAUCAAUUAAUGAAGAUAUAACGAUUCUUCAAGAAAACCCAAUUGAUGUAGUACAAGAAGAAACCGUUCCUCAAGAGUUGAACGAUACAGAAUUAUUAUUUGAAGUUAACGUGUCAAGAAAAACAGUUCUUCUAGCUCAGCAUGAAUCAAUCGUCGAAGAAUCAAUCGUCGAAGAAUCAAUCGAUGAACCAGUUCCUUCGUCUUUAAAUACUAUCGAGAUUCCACCUGAAAAUGAAAAUAAAGAUUUAACUCAACAUCAACAACGUUUAUACAAUGAAUCUUGGAUAUAA